AUGGGGAGAGGGAAAAUAGUUAUAAGAAGGAUCGAUAAUUCGACAAGUCGACAAGUGACUUUCUCAAAGAGAAGAAGCGGUUUGCUUAAGAAAGCUAAAGAGUUAUCGAUUCUCUGUGAUGCUGAAGUUGGUGUUAUCAUUUUCUCUAGCACGGGCAAGCUCUAUGACUAUGCAAGCAAUUCAAGUAUGAAAAGUAUCAUCGGGCGGUACAACAAGGUAAAAGAGGAGGAGCAUCAACUACUGAACCAUGCCUCAGAGCUGAAGUUUUGGCAAAGAGAGGUUGCGAGUUUGCAUCAACAGCUCCAUUAUCUACAAGAAUGCCACAGGAAACUGAUCGGAGAAGAGCUUUCUGGAAUGAAUGCUAACGAUCUACAAAAUCUUGAAGACCAACUAGAAACAAGUCUAAAAGGUGUUCGUCUAAAAAAGGACCAACUUUUGACGGACGAAAUCAGAGAACUCAAUCGUAAGGGACAAAUCAUCAAAAAGGAGAAUCAAGAGCUACAUAGUAUGGCAGAUAUGAUGCGUAAAGAAAAUGUUAAACUGCAAAAGAAGAUUGAAACUAAUCACAAGUCUUUAACCAAGAAAAAAAAGGAGCUAGAGCUAAUCACAAGUUCAUCAAUUUUAAGAUCUCCUAAGCCAACAAUGGCGCCAUCGGCUGCAAUGCUCAUACUCUCACAUCCUCUAAUAAGCCACAAAACGAAAAAUCAAUCUCCACCAUCGUCAGCAGAACUUAAAUGCACACGUGCCUUCGAUCUUCUUUUGCCAUGGAAGUUAUCCGAGCGUGAGGAUCGUUCCGCGGUUGGUCUCGGCCGGCUCUCUGUAGAUCCGGCCAUAAUGGAGAAGCGUUUCCAACAAGCUCUUGAACUUAGCUGCUGGUGA